AUGGCAGAGAAAUCAGGCGUCACCGGCGCCGACUUUGAGUUUGUUAAAACUCCUGCUUAUCCCAAGCCUGACUUUGACAAGCUUGAGGAUGUUGGUGUUCCUACUACCAGGUAUCCGGCCAUCAAGAACGCUCCUCUUCCUGCCGAUGGCUCUGGUGCCGAUACCUUCAACAACUAUGUCCUCAUCUCCAUCCUGGUAGCUGUCCCUUGGUUCCUCAGCCGAAAGGUUGGCGGUGGACUCAAGACCACCAUCUUCUUCGCCCUCAUCGUCGAUCUUCCCCUGCUCGCCGCUUGGUGGCUUGUAAUCUCCUCCAUCAGCCCUCGCAAGAAUGAGAAGGUUCGCCUCCCUAACCGUGGUGUCGAGCACUACCUCGAGUUCAAGAAGGAGGCCGACCGCCUCAAGUACCGUGGCAGCAACAAGAUCCCCAUGGAAACCUUCCACGAGAUGUACUUCGAUGGUGAUGUUGACUUCAAGGGUGACUGCCUCGAGGUUAUGGAGUACCGCCAUGACUGGGCCAGCUUCCGCUUCACCAUUGGCCUUAUCAAGUUCUUCCUCUUUGGCAUGAUUCCUGAGGUUAUCAUGCACACUCGCUCUCAGGACGAGGAGCAGGUCCGUGACCACUACGACCGUGGUGAUGACUUCUACGGCUGGUUCCUUGGUCCCCGCAUGAUCUACACUUCUGGCAUCAUCUCCGACAUCAACCGCGAAGAGACUCUUGAGGAGCUCCAGGAUAACAAGCUUACUGUCGUUUGCGAGAAAAUUGGCCUCAACAAGGGUGACUCUAUGCUUGAUAUUGGCUGUGGUUGGGGUACUCUUGCUCGCUUUGCCAGUGAGCAGUAUGGCGCUCACGUCACCGGUGUUACUCUUGGCCGCAACCAGACCGCUUGGGGUAACAGCAGCAUGCGCAAGGCCGGUAUCCCUGAGGAGCAGAGCAAGAUUCUCUGCAUGGAUUACCGUGAUAUUCCCGUUCCCGAGGGUGGCUACAAGAAGAUCACCAGUCUUGAGAUGUCUGAGCACGUUGGUAUCCGCCACUUCGGCAGCUUCUUGAAGCAGGUUCACGACAUGCUUGACGAUGAUGGUGUCUUCUUCCUUCAGUACGCUGGUCUCCGUAAGGCUUGGCAGUACGAGGAUUUCACCUGGGGUCUUUUCAUGAACAAGUACAUUUUCCCUGGUGCUGACGCUUCUACUCCUCUCGGCUGGGUUGUCGACAAGCUGGAGGGUACCGGCUUCGAGAUCAAGCACAUCGAUACCAUCGGUGUUCACUACUCUGCUACCCUCUGGAGGUGGUACCGCAACUGGAUGUCCAACCGCGACAAGGUUGAGGCCAAGUACGGCAAGCGGUGGUUCCGUAUCUGGGAGUACUUCCUGGCCUACUCCACCAUCAUCUCUCGCCAGGGCAGUGCCACUUGCUUCCAGAUCACCCUGGUCAAGAACAUCAACUCUACCCACCGAGUUGAGGGUAUUGAGACCCAGUUCGCCAUCACCGGAGCUCUGGACAACUGCCGCGCUGAUCUCCAGUCGUGGGCUCAGAGAAACAACGUCAAGACUCCCUCCGAGUACCUGUAA